UUUCAGCGCUCUCCCAAAUUACAGCAGAGGAAUGAAGCUAGGACUCUUUGCCCUGCAUUGCGUUGGUAUUUUCCUCAGCUAAGAGGAUCGGAAAGUUUCCUCCUGUGGGCUUGCAUCAUGGAGGCUAGCAGUCAAUCCAGCAGUCAGCAACUUCUGUGGAAAGAUGUGGAGGCAGAAAAACAGAGGAAGACCAGAUUUCACAACUACCACUGGGUGGCUCUGGUGCUGGCCGUGGUGUUUCUGGUUCUGGCCGUCUGCAUCUUCAGUCUGAUGUAUCUGUGGGGCCCCAGCUUGGGAAAGGUGUACGACCAUGAGUACAAAGCCUUGGUGGAUGGCGUAGAGACGAACAGUGUGAUGGAGAUUGACCCUGCUGACCUCACUGAGAUCUUCAGAAUGGGGAACGGCUCCAAGGAGGUUGUGGAGGUGCACGACUUUAAGAAUGGGAUCACUGGGAUACGGUUUGCCGAACAUCAGAGGUGCUACAUCAGGACCCAAACGAAGAAACUACCCACAGUGGCCGAGGCUGACGGUGGGGAAAGGACGGUUGACGAGGCCGAGGCCGUGGAUGUGCAGGUGGAGGACUCCCGAGUGUGGGUUCCUGCCGAGGAGCCCAUCGUUAACCCGGACUUCCUGCUUGACUCCAAGAUCUGGGAGAUUUGCCAGCAGAUGCCCAUCCACUGGAUCCAUCCCUCCCCCAUGACUGACGCCGAGGCCCAGGACGUGGACACGCCCGACGCAGAGGUCACAGGUCAGCGUUUCACCCGGGACGUCCAGGACCACGUUCCAGUGAGCGAUUACAGGGAAUUCGGUAUCGAGCUGGAUAACCGUCUGGACGAACGCGGCUACUGCUGCCAGUACUGCCGCCGCGGCUACCGCUACUGCCGCCGCUACUUCGAGCCCCUGGGCGGCUUCAACCCGUGGCCGUACUACUACCAAGGAGGCCGGGUCAUCUGCCAGGUCGUGAUGCCGUGCGACUGGUGGGUCGCUCGCAUGCUGGGGAGGAUCUGAAGCUGAAUUUUAAUGGUUUCUGGAUCUGAAAUAAAUCUGAAAAUAUUCCAGACCUCAUUUGUCCAAAAAAAGCAUUUCGUAUUCAUUGAUUAUAUUCUCAAAGGCAUCAUUAACUGCCUCAUGUUGUAUACUAGCGAAUGAAAUCAAUGCUUUUUUUUAAAAGCUUUCUCUUUUACUUCAUGUUAUGUUUUACAGUGCUUUAAAGGGGCAGUAUUAUGUGUUUUCAAGGCAUAAUACAGCAUAAUACAGUAACAAUGUUACUGUGAGACGUUAUAAAAAUUAUGUAUAUAUCAAAUAUCACUUAAAAGAAAUUUUACUUCCUGGUUGAACGCCUUGAAAUUGGGCCUCUGUCUCUUUAAGAAUCCUUUUACAACAUUUUUACCAGCACUGAACUGAGAAGUAGCUCCUAUAACGACCUCAGCAGAUGUGCAGUUCCACCAGAUGUUUGCUAAUUGCUGAAGGCUAGUCUGAAGGAGCUGCUCUGUGAGGCAGAAGCUUGGAAACUGCAGCUCUGAGGAGGAGCUGCGUCUCGAAGGCGGGGCUAGGUCCAACCAGGCGUUUUGCACAGCUGAAUGGUUGCCAUGGAGAUUAAAGGUUUUCUUGAUAUGUCUCCAGAUAUGAUUUUGAUGAAGGAAUAACAUUGUAACAUGAUGUGAAGCUCAAAAGGAAAAGUUGAUUUUACAUGACGCUGCCCCUUUAAAUACACAUGAAAACUUUUCUGACUGGUGCUAUAAUAAAGAUUUAACCAAACUAUUGUAUCUACCACCACAGCAUGUUACCUGUAGUAAUCACACACUUUCAGGUUGUGAAGCAUAUUUUCUGUAUCGUGUAAAUGAGUAGUUUUUUGGUUUUUUGAGCCUCUGGACAGGUGUUGUGUUGCAGUGAAAACCAAGAAAAUCUUAACAACGCUUUAAGCUCAAUUACUGUAAGAGAUUCUGCGGCUGCUGAGUUUGUGCCAGUCGAUGUAUUUCCUGAGCUUUUACCUUCUUGUUUGUUAUUGUUAGCUUGGUUUUACGGAGGCAGAUUCAUUAUAUAAACUACAAACACUCAGAGUUACAGUUGUUCACAAUUUAUUCAUUUCAUUGAAAGUUAAAUCUGUUAUUUAACAUUUUUGUAAUUCAGGUGCUUUU